UCUAUCUGUCAGUGUAAAAAAAAAAGUCUAAAAUCUGCUGUUUGUCCAUAAAAUUGAGUCGGAUCCGCAGGCAAAAUGUUAUCUUCCCGUGGAGUUAUUCUCGGACGAGCAGUUUCCCGUUUAAUUGCCCGACAGCCAGUUAAAUCUACAAAUCACCAAAGCAUUCGUCUAAGCCAUGCUGCCAACUACCGAGAAGGACCACCUCCGGCAUCAUUUGCAACCCGAUUUGGUGCUGAAGCCGUAGCUGGUUUUAUGUGGUGGUGGAUUUUGUAUCACAUCUUCACUGAACACGAACACAUUACUGGUGAAUUUGAAUAUCCUGACCCAUCGGCGUGGACCAAUGCUGAACUCGGUAUUCCACCAGAUAGUGAGGAAUAGAAAGCUGCCAGCCAGAAGCUUUGUUGAAGAAAAUUGUCUAUGUAAAACUUUUAAAUUAGAAAAGUGAUAAAUGUUAAUAUAAAACCACAUCUAAAA